ACUGCCUCACAGUGCAAGCAAGCACAAAAAAUAGCCUGAGAGAACUAUACAAAAGCCCUCUUGCUUCAGUUGCCAUGGCCUCAGUCCGGUGCUUCAAGAAUGCUGAGGAAACCUACUACCAACAGAGCCCCCAUGGCAAUCGCAUGGAACAAGCAAUGAGCCACAGCGAGACCGAGUGGUAUGGCCAGAGUGAGAAACACCUUCCAUUGGGUCAGGGCUACAUGGGUCAUGGCAAUGGCCACGGCUACAUGGGUCAUGUCAAUGACUACGGCUACAUGGGUCAUGGCCAUGGCCACAUGGCUCGUGGCAAUGGCCACGGCUACGUGGGUCAUGGCCAUGGCCACACGGCACAAGCUCAUGGUCACCACAGUGAGUAUGCCAUGGCCAAAACCCAGACUCACUGCAUGGGCCAAAAGAAUGGCCAUCACCCUGGCCAACAUGCCCAGAGUCACUACAUUACUCAAGCUUAUAGCCACAAGAAAGAGAGUUCUUGCCAUGGGAAGUCUAACAAGAAGGGUGAAUACAAGAAGAAAGAGAAGACCAUAGUCAAGAAGAAAUCCAAGGAAUGCAAAUCUGGUGAUAGCAGCAGCAGCGAGAGCGAGAGCGACAACGACCGCUGCUGAAAGGUGAAGAUAUAAAAGGCUCAAGGGAAGCAGCUGUUUGACAUCAGAUUAGAAGAAAGUUCCAUGUCAUCCUAUCCUAAAUAAAUAAGGACAAUAAAGUGACGUGACUUAUUAUAGACCCUUGAUGCAAAACUUGCACCUAUAUGGUGUCUUGUACUACGAAUGCUAAUGAAUAAAUUUGCUUCGGAAA